AUGGCGUGCAAGGCCGUGGUUCUGUUUCUGCUGCAGCUGACAGUGGUCCAUGCGUCAAUCGCUCAGGAACGGUUCAGUCACUUCUAUCCGUCUAUGAAUUGGGUUCUCUUGCCAGUGUCAACCGAAACAUGCAAUUCUACGCUCCAAAAGUACCUCUCAUCUGGCUUCCAACCGGCUACUGCAAACCUCUGUUACGCUCAAAUAAGAUGCAUUCUAUCUAAUUUACCGGAGGAGGAGAAAGCGGUUGAGGCUAGUGCUGCUGUUCUCCUCGGCAUCAUUCCCACAUUCCUCGCAAGUCUUGGGCCGACUAUUCCAGAAAUGUCUCUUCUCGCAUCCCGACGGCCUAUUCUUGCCAUUUUCUUAGCGAUCGGGUGUGUCUCAGUUUCGAUUACCCGUUUCGCAGAGUAUUCCAGCCCACUCCAGGUUUUGGAUGCUAAACCUGGAAAUUUUGCGACGAAAGAGAUACAGAGCCACCGGAGGAAAGUUAUAAUCAGCUCGUUUCAAUACAUGCUCGCUUUUGGAGCUUGUGUCAAUGUGAUUUACUGCUCUUAUACAGUCGGCACCUACACCGUCUUGAACUGGAAGUGUCAAAACUCAUUCAUGCCAAUGCUAUGGACGCUACUCCCACUGGUGGUGCACGUCAUCGCUGCCAGUGCAUUUCGAAUUUCUCCUGCAGGAAAAAAAUUCUCGCAGAUUAGCGACUCGAAGAUGAAGAAACCUAACAGCGUAUGGGGGAGGCUGGUCUAUAUGUUGAGACAGGAAGCAACACCUUGUGCAGCCCAAGAAAUGCCGAUGGAUUUAAAGGAAGCGGAUGGCUUUACAGUCGUUUCUCUGCAGUGGCUUGCAAGUGGAGCAGGAUUCGCCCACAUACUAUUCGGCACCAUGGUUCUGUCAUCAUUAUUAUUUAUUGGCAUGCUCGAGGCACUCAGUGUAGCAGCGCAAUAUAUUGGGUCUGUUUUGGUUUGUCGUUUCAUUCUCAUGUUCGAGUUGGCAGGGAUGAGACGAUUAAAUCCCAUGUCAACUAUUUGA